AUGAUCUCAUUGGAGGAUUCCAAAUCGUGCUCCGGCGGCACACACCGGUGCCCCCUGACGCGGCCGUACUACUACUACACCCCGCCGCCGUCCUCCGCCGCGGUAACCCGAUCCUUCGGCCGGUCCAUGCGCAGAAUACGGUCUAACAUGUACAGAUCCGGCCCGGCCCCCGAGAGCUCCCCCAACGUCUCCGAAGACCUCUCCGACUCUGUCAUCGACCUCGAGCUAGGCGAGCUCGCCGUUAAACCGUCUGGAGGUUCGAAAAACUCGCCGCUCUCCGACAUCAGCGAUAUUUUGGACAUCUCGCGCUCGUUCAGUGAUUUAUCGGCGUGCUCGAGCGACAUCUCCGGCGAGCUCCGGCAUCUUGCUGCUCUACCAGACACUGACACGAACCAGCGGCGGAGCUUGGGGACUGAAUCGGAAACCGAACCGGAGCCGUGUUCUGGGUUUUUAGAGAGGGAGACGUUUUCGACGGAGAUAAUUGAGAGCAUCUCUCCGGAGGACCUCCAGCCGACGGUGAAACUCUGCGUUGACGCCCUCCGCUCAACAUCGACCGCGCUGAAAAAAUCGGCGGCGGCUAAAUUGCGCCUCCUGGCGAAAAAUCGGGCGGACAAUCGGGUCCUAAUUGGGGAAUCCGGAUCCAUACCCGCUUUGAUUCCUCUACUGCGGUGUCCCGACCCGGAGACCCAGGAACACGCCAAAGACGCGCUCGCCGCGCUGUACAAGCUGUGCACGGCGGCGCCGAACAAGGAGCGGGCGGUGGCGGCCGGGGCCGUGGGGCCGCUGGUGGCGCUGGUGGCACCAGAGGGAAGGAGGGAAGGACUGGCGGAGAAGGCGGCGGUGGUGCUGGGCAGCCUGGCCGGGGUUGAGGCGGGGCGGGAGGCGGUGGUGAGGGAGAACGGAAUCGCCGCCCUGGUGGAGGCGUUGGAGGACGGCGGGGAUAGGGUGAAGGAAUUCGCAGUAUCGGCCCUUUUGCAGGUGUGCAGUGAGAGUGCGUUGAACAAGGGAUUGGUGGUGGCGGAAGGUGGGGUGCCGCCACUGGUGGCGUUGUCGCUGACCGGGACGACCAGGGCUAAGCACAAGGCUGAAACCCUACUCAGGUAUUUGAGGGAAGCAAGGCAGGAAACUUCUUAUUCAUCAGCUUGUUCAUCUUCUGCAAGUCCAUGA